GACGCGUUUCUAUGUGGAGCUUUGAUUUGCUGACCCCUGUGACGUCAUAGGAAUCUCCUCCUACUCUCCAGUAGAGGACAGAGAAAAUAUGGCGUCGUCCCUGAGAUCCUUCCUGCGGUCAGGAAAGAACGUCGUCCUGGUUCUGGGGCGGCGCAGGUUUCACGGGAGCGGAUCCGCCGCUGUGCAGGUCACAGUCCGCGAUGCCCUGAACCAGGCCAUGGAUGAGGAGCUGGAGCGGGACGAGCGGGUGUUCCUGAUGGGAGAGGAGGUCGCCCAGUACGAUGGUGCUUACAAGGUUAGCAGAGGCUUGUGGAAGAAGUAUGGAGACAAACGCAUCAUUGACACGCCUAUCUCAGAGAUGGGCUUCGCUGGCAUCGCAGUGGGAGCAGCCAUGGCCGGUCUGAGACCCAUUUGUGAGUUCAUGACCUUUAACUUCUCCAUGCAAGCCAUCGAUCAGGUGAUCAACUCUGCGGCAAAGACCUACUACAUGUCAGCCGGGCAGCAGCCAGUCCCCAUCGUCUUCAGAGGACCCAACGGGGCCUCAGCCGGCGUGGCGGCACAGCACUCGCAGUGCUUUGCUGCCUGGUACGCUCACUGUCCGGGUCUGAAGGUUGUCAGUCCAUGGAACUCUGAAGAUGCUAGAGGUCUCCUGAAAUCAGCCAUCAGAGAUGACAACCCUGUUGUGUUUUUGGAGAACGAGCUAAUGUACGGGGUUUCCUUCGAGAUGACGGAGGAGUCGCAGUCCAAAGACUUCACCAUUCCCAUCGGCGAGGCCAAGGUUGAAAGACAAGGGAGUCAUGUCACCCUGGUGUCUCACUCGCGCUACGUCGGCCACUGCCUCGACGCCGCCGCUGUGCUCGCAAAGGAAGGAAUCGAGUGUGAGGUGAUCAACCUGCGGACCAUCCGCCCCAUGGACGUGGAGAGCAUUGAGGCCAGCGUGAUGAAGACCAACCACCUGGUGACGGUGGAGGGCGGCUGGCCUCAGUUUGGAGUUGGAGCUGAGAUCUGCGCCAGGGUCAUGGAAGGUCCUGCCUUUAACUAUCUGGAUGCUCCGGUUACCAGGGUAACGGGUGUUGACAUCCCCAUGCCGUAUGCUAAGACCCUGGAGGAACACAGUCUUCCUCAGGUCAAAGACAUCAUCUUCUCUGUUAAGAAAACCCUGAACAUCUAAGGUGACCCCUCCCCAGGAAAUGCUCCUCUAGGAAGAGUCUGGAUGUUGGUCCAGGAAACCUUCAUUCCUCAAAGAUUUCUGCAGCUGAAACAGGUGUGGGGGGGAUAUUUAUUGUGGGUAUUUGCAGUUCUAAAAUUAACUCCUUACAUCCUUUUCUGGAGCUUUCUCUUGGAAUAAAUGGAAUGAACCAAUCAAA